UCUGUCAGGAGGAGGAGGAGGUAUAUCCUACAGAACUGGACAAGAUUCGAGGAAAUGAGAGAGAAGAGACACGCAGAAACCCAAGCCAAGACCAUGUGUCGAUUUUACAAGUCUGAAGAACAAGAACAAGUGGAGCAGUGAAUGAAGAGAGCUACAUGCUGCUCUCCUAUAACAGGGGACACCAACCGUCCAAUCAGAAAGCCCCCCACUGUGCCCCGCUGUGCCCUGUGUGUGCACUGACCACAGCAAAUGAAAGAUCUUGUUAUCUAUAGAAGACACGUCAGUUGAAGAUCCCUAUAGCAACAACACGUGCUGCUUCUCGGUGACACUACGAGUUACUAUGGCAACAACCAGCUGUGUAUUUUACAUGUGUGUGAAUGGGGACAACUACAAAAGAGAAAUCAGGAACACGGGUGGCAGAAGCGCGAAAGGCAAUCUCCAAAGAAGGAGGGAGAGACGGACGACAGCCAGCUGCACUUGAGAAGAAGAAUGAAGGCGGUGCUUUGACGAGUAGAACGAAAGCCAGAUACACUUUCUUUUCUUUUCUUUUUUUGACUCAGGAGUUCACAGCUGACAAAGUUGCUCUCAAAUGACUUCUAUGAAUUGUCCUCGGUCACUCCAUGGAAACAGAGAAAACAUGUAGCCCGUGUUGGCUCUUCCUCUCCGGGGCCCUUCAUGUUGUUGGAUUACUGCUGCCGCUGCUGUGGAGUCACGCUCAUCAAACGCCAUGGACCCCUGUCACUCAAGACCACACCCAGUGACACCUGGGUUGUUCUACAGAAUCUGUUGAUGUGCAUGGUGUGUUUCUACUCUCUCUACUACAUUGCUGUGAGCCUGUGUAUCGGACUACUCAGGGUUCAUGAGAUCAACAGCUUUUUGGCCCCGUUCGACUACACAACACAACCAUCAUGGCAGAACCCCAAAUACCUGGUGAGUGUCAUCUCCACAGAGGUGACCUAUUUCUUGGGAGGUUUGGUUUUCGCCUGGAUUGUGGAAGAGUGGGUCUGGGACUACGCCAUCACUGUCACUCUGCUGCAUGUUGCCAUGACGGUGGCAGUGAUGUCAGACUUCCCCUCCGCAGAACACUGGUGGAUAGCUCUGGGCUCUGGGCUGGUGAUGAUGAUAUUUGGAGGCCAGCUCUUGGCCUACAGACUCUUCAGGAGUAACUUUGUCUAUCCAGAGGAGCUGCAGAACUUCUGAUGCAUUCAGCACGGC